CGCCCGCGGCUUCGGACGCGCGAUGACGUCGUCCGGGCGAUCGAUCGCGAGGCUCGCGGGGCUCCUCCGCGCGGGCGUCGCCCGCGGCGAGACGGCGGCGGCGGCGGCGGCGUCGCGGGCCGCGCACCGCGCGAUCGUCGGUUCCGAUCGCCAGCGUCACCACGACCUCGGGCGAUCGUUUUCCUCCUCCUCCUCCUCCUCCUCCUCCUCCUCCGAGCCGUCGUCCACGUCCAAGAGCGGCGGCGAGAACCGCCACGCGGAGGCGUCGAGCGACCGCGUCGGCGCGGGCCUGCGAGGCGACGGCACGGCGCCGCGGUUCUACAAGUCCGUCUCCGUCGUGCCGCAAAAGGACGCGCCCGGGCUCUGGGGCAUCGCGCUGGACGGGAAGACGCUGAAGACGCCAUCGAAGGCGCCGCUCGCGGUCCCCUCCAAGGCGCUCGCGCUCGCGGUCGCCGCGGAGUGGGAGUGGCAGAGCGGGAAGAGCAUCCGGCCGUUCACGAUGCCGCUCAUGGCGCUCGUCGCGACCGCGAUGGAUCAGAUGUCGAAACCCGCGAUUCGCGCGCAGCACAUUCACACGCUGCUGGAGUUUUUCCCGACUGACGUCGUGCUGUGCCGCCACGAGCCGUCGCCGCUCGCGGACUACCAGGCGAUCGCGCACGAACCCGUGCUACGGUGGGCGAGGAAAGAGCUCGGGGACGUGACGCCGACGGAGAGCAUCUUCGGCGCGGAGGACAUUCCGGAAGAGGUCACGCGAGCCGCGUCGAAGCGUCUCGACGCGAUGGACGCUUUCGAGCUCACCGCGACGUUCAACGCGUGCGCGAGCGCGAAGAGCCUGCUCAUCGGGCUCGCGCUCGUGCGGGGAGCGAUCACCGUGGAGGAGGCGACGAGGGCGGCGCGCGCGGAGGAGGACUUUCAGACGGAGGAGUGGGGGUUGGUCGAGGGCGGGCACGACGUCGACGCCGCGGACGUGAGCGUGCGGUUGAGGGCGCCGCGGGCGAUGAUGUCGCUGUUGCGGGUCGUCGGGUGACGACUGACGCGCGCGGCGGCGUGGUGAGAUGCCCGUGCCCUGCUAUGUGAGACCUACAGUAUGCGUGUAGUCGUUUGACCGCGCUCGCCCCGGCGGCGCCUUUGAUCAUUUACGAUGAAGUAGUCACCGUG